CUCCCAAUUGAACAGAUACACCUCCCUCGAUAUUCAUUAGAGGUCCUUGCCUUGUCUGCAACUACUGAGUGGUCAGAACUUGCAUAAUCUACAGUAUAAUAUCCCUACAUACUUUGCAAAUUAGCUGGGCCUACGAGUCAACUUUGCGGGCCAUACUAUACGCAGUCCGGUGUCAUGGCUUCUCGGAAUCAGAAGCCACUGGCUGGACUGCUUAUUCCUACUGCUCCAAGCUUUCCUCUCUCAUCACCAAUUACAGAAGAGGUUCCCAGCCCCAUCCCGUCAUCUCCGGACGACCACGAAUUGUGGCGGAAUCGCCCUUUCGCUCUCCUGAGCAAAACUAUCAGCAAGAAUCCUUUCAUUCGCAAGGCCACCUUUGAUAAUCAGAUUCAAGGACAGGGUCAGACCGGCCGCCUCUCUGGUGCAAGUGGUAUAGUACAAGGAAUAGUGCAUAUGGAGCAAGGAGCUGAGCAGAGCUCAAGCAGAAGUCGCGGAUUGAACUUGGUCACAGAUUUCUCCAAACCAAGUACGACUGUACAGCACGAGGUGCCAGCACCGGUCUUCGUCGAUCUGAAUGACCUCAAGGCCCUUUCGCAGGUGCGAGAGCAAGAAAGAAUUACGGACAGUAGCUCGGAGACUGUGAAGUCGGUAGUACCAGGGUCAGAUGCACCACAGACUUUCGGGGUUGCCGAGCAGAAGACGAUAGGCAAGGAUGAGCUAUCGCCUUCUGAUAGGCAUAUUAUGAUCGGGCUUCGAAUGCCAUUCCAUGGGUCGAAGGACUCGCCCGAGGGAAGGUCAAGGGAAAGAGACAGGUUGCGGUCCUCACAUACUCCACUUACACCUUCAAUUAUUGUGACUCCUGCCAAGGAAGAUACAUUUUGGGACGGAUUCGAGCCGGCUCAUCCCCGUCCCAGAGCGACAUCCAGCAUCUACUCUCAACCUACGCCAUACCCCGAUUAUGACGAUCAUGAUAUACCGCCAGUGCCGGCCAUCCCAACCUUUCAUGUUCGUGCGGAUAAUGAGAAGGCUAGCCCUGAUUCCCCCGCUAUGAAACCUGUAAUUUCAUCAAGAAAACAGCGUGCUUUUUCAACCGGAACUAUCUUUGAGGAAGAUAGUCCCAAGGUCACAGAGCGACCAAGUUCGUACUCAACUGAGAAGGUGAGGAAGAUCCCGGAUCGACUAAGCAUCAAUACCGAAGCUACCCGGCAGUCGCAAGGCUGGUGGACGUAUCUCAUGUCCCCUCUCUUUCCUAAGACGCCAAUCACUGCCGGAAGGCCUCCUGUGCCCAGCAUCGCAACCCACUCCUCUGGACUGACGGACGAGUGGUGGGAGAAAGAAGUCUCAUACUUUUCGCCCGACACCCCGGAUGCCGUUACACAUCCGCUAGAUAAGGCCAACUCGAGUCCAUCAAAUCCUAGUUCGGAUGAAGCUGAGCGAAAUAUGACAUCCUUUAUGUUUCCUGGAGAGCCAAUUCAGGGCUCUGCUGCUGAGUAUUAUCAGGCAUGUGCCCACGAACUGUUUAGCGGGCGACCUUAUUUUGAAUGUGUUAAUCAUAUUUGUUCGAUCACCCCAAAGGAUAAGGUUGCGGCAAUGAUGGCUGAAGCGCCUGUGGUGGCCACUCACGAGGAAGAGCUCCUUAUUGACGUGGAUAAUAUACCUGGAACUGAGAAACAACAUACAUCCGGACCCUCCGAUGCGGACACUGGUCUGCGUUCCGUUGAUAGGAUCUCCACUGUGUCUAAAAGCAGACAGAACCCUUUCCGUGAUUCCGAUGAGCACAGCAUUCUGAGCGGUCCUACUUUGACUGGGUAUUCUCAAAGCGAGUAUCCUUCCAACGAGCAGCCCCUAAGCAAGGACGCACCAAGCAAGGAUACGCCAAGUGAGCACCCACCUAGUGAGCGCUCUCCGAGUAUCCGAUCUCUAAAGCAGCAACCUCAAACACAGAGCGCGAAGGAAACCGCCGAAGAACUUUCAUCUACGCCGGAACCUCAAGAAGGGUCAAGCGCAGCACCGGCGGCCGUCGCUGAGAGCCAUGUUGGGAAGCAAGCCCCCUACCCUUUCUACCAGCCAAUUAUUCAGCCAAUAAUCCAACCAGCACAACCAGUCAGCCAGCCAGCUCCUGUGGUAGUCUCGCAGCCAAUUCCCCAACCAACGAAUACGGCACCACCGACAGUGCAGAACUUUUACAAUCACCCCGCCGUGGUCCCUUCCGCCGUUCUUAUAGCUCCGCCGGAACGAAGCUAUUCGCAGUACAUUGUACACCCUGCAUCAAAUCCUGCUCCACAGCCGCAACCUCCGGAGCCUGUGUCGCCCGCUUUUCAGCGGAUGACAGAAAGAGGAUCAAUACCUUUGAGCGGAGUGCAGAACACACCGGCACCUGCCUAUACCUCUUACCACCACAGCUCUAGCAUUUUGCCCCCACGCAUAGAUCCACACCCACUCACACGGGAGGAGGUGGAGUCAACUACGGAAAGUCAGAAGAUUGAAAGAAACCGACAAAGGCUAGAGAAGGAAGAUGCUGUUGGCCGGAAAUUAGGUGGAUGCUGGCGUGGCAGAGGCCUGGUUAGCAAGAAAGGCUGUUUUGGCAGGUCGGGACGAGAAGGAAGAGUGAAGCGUCGGUGGUAUUUGGCCAUCUGCACUUCGUUCCUCAUAGUCGUCUUGCUCGCCCUCAUUCUUGCCUUGACACUGACCAGGAAGGGAAAUGCAACGCCGGUGCAAUCCCAAUGGCUGAACCUCACCGGCUAUCCCCCUAUGCCAACUGGCAUUGCGACAAUCGCUGGACCGAAUCUUUACAAACGAGUUCCUGGCUGCAUUGCCCCAUCUUCACUCUGGAGUUGUGCCCUUCCAAAAGAGCAGCAGUCCGAUAACAAGCCGUACACGGCCGAUGAGCCCACCUUCCGCGUCGAGAUCGAGUUCCGCAACGGAACCUAUCCAAACAGCACGACGAUUGCCUCGCGAUCAUUAGUCUCUGGCCGCUCCUCUGGUACGGAUCCCUCACCAUCACCACCAAGCCUGAAGGACCAAACCUUUCUCGGGAACACCACGGACAAAAACAGCGCCCCCUACGCCGGCGAAGAGACCCCAUUCUUCAUGAGCUUUCUUUCAGCUGCCUCGACAUCUUCCUCUUCAUCCACCCGUCGACGACUCGCCCGCAAGAGAGAUGACGCUUUUCCUGACCUCAACUCCCUUAUUCCCUCACCCGACCUGAACUCCGACGAGACCGCCGCCGCCGCCGAGCUCUACCCCCUCUCGGAAUCGCAGCCCAUUCGCCUCUACAACCGUGGACAAGCCACGGAACACUAUGGAUUCUACACCUACUUCGAUCGCUCUAUCUUCCUGUCUUCACUCGCUCCUCUGAAUGGAAGUGGUAUAGACGACGACGCGAACGACAGUAACGGCGGCUCAACCGAGGAGCAAGCCCGCGUGCGCUGCACCUGGGCGCAAACGCGCUUCCUUGUGCAGAUCUGGACUCGAUCAACGGAUACAUUGUUGAAGGCGCCAUCAGCGUCCGCGUCCGCGUCCGCCACUCCGACUUCCUCCGCCUCGAGCGCUUCAUCCACCUCUACCUCAUCUGCAACGGACUUCACCCGACCCGGUUCCUUCCCUUACCCUGUCACCAUCACCUUGGAUCGGCACGGUGGCGAGGCGAAGAAGAAGAUGGUGUAUUGCUACGCGAUGGAGGCAGACGAGAAGGUGAAUUCCACGCUGGUGAAAUUGCAGGUUGAAGACCGGAGUUAUGGUGGCCGAUUGAUAAAUCCAGCGCCGGGAAUCUUCGACUUUGCGAGUAAUUCGUCCUCAUCUUCGGCCAAUGAGACGAGCUCGGUGUAUGGCGGCAUUGAUGGCGGUACGGGAGGGUGUUCGUGUCAGUGGGUGAAUUGGCUUUCGACAUCUUGAAUGGGAUGAUAUGGGAGGUAGACCAAACCUUACUCGGCUGCAUACUGUAUCUAUAACCACUUGGUUUCAUAAUGAGAUGACUCUACUAUUAGACUAAAAUGAACUACG